AUGGGUGACUACUCGAAAGCACUUGAAUUUCACCAAAAAGCACUUAAAAUAAGAGAAAUAUCUCUGUCUCCGACUCAUCCCGAUUCGGCUCAAUCCUACAACAACAUUGGUUCAGUGUAUAACGACAUGGAUGACUACUCGAAAGCACUUGAAUAUUCUAAAAAGAGCUUGGAAAUCAAAAAGCAAGUUUUGUGUGCAAAUCAUCCUGAUUUAGCUUUUCCAUAUAACUGCUUUGGAAAGAUUUAUCGCGGCAUGAAAGAUUAUCCCAAAGCACUUGAUAAUUUCGAAAAGUGUCUUUCAAUUCGGAAAAAAGCUUUACCUGAAAAUCAUACGCUUCUAGCUUUAACCUAUAGUUAUAUUGGUGAUGUUCAUCGAAGAAUGGGUGAUCACGAAAGAGCACUUUCAUUUCAUCGAAAAUUAUUAAAUAUUCAAGAAAAUGGUCAAUGUAAUCCUCUAGUAUGGGCAUUGACAUAUAUAAAUUUAGGUGACACAUAUCGAGAAAUGAAAGAUUAUUCAACAGCAUUAACAUAUUUUCAAAAAGGAUUAGAAAUACGUGAGCAGAAAUUACCGAAAGAUCAUCCUGAUUUAGUUGUUGUAUAUCAUACUAUGGGAAAAUUAUAUUUAUGUACUCGAAAAUAUACUAUGGCAAUGAAAAAUGUUCAACAAGCGAUACAAAUUGCUCAAGAAAAAUUACCUUCAACUCAUCCCCAUUUGUUGGAGUAUAAAGAAACAUUUGAAAACAUUCGAAAGAAAAUGUAA